AUGCGGAACAGCGGGUUGAAACUUAAUAUUGUCUCUUAUAAUAUUCUGAUUGAUGGGUUGUGCAAAGUUGGGCAUAUUGAUGUCGCGAAGGAAUUAUUUCAUGAACUCUCAUUCAAUGGUUUAGAACCAGAUGUCUACACAUAUACAAUAAUGAUUAAUGAAUUGUCUAAAGAGAGAUUGGCAGAUGAAGCACACCAAUUGUUUAGGAGCAUGGGAGAUAAUGGUUGUUCUCCUAAUAGCUGUUGUUAUAAUGUAAUGAUUUGGGGGUUUCUUCGAAACGGUGAUACCUCAAAGGCAACACAUCUUCUUGCAGAAAUGGGCGGCAAGGGCUUUUCUGCAGAUAUUUGCACUGCCACUUUAUUUAUGGAACUCAUCUUAUCAGAAAAAUCUUGA